AUGACGCCGGUCACAACAUGUGUGUUGCUGGCGCUCAUCUGCGUCUUGAGCUUCUCCAUCCGCCUCUUUCCGUUCGUUGUAUGGGGUAGUGUUAUUCAUGAAUUCGAUCCGCAGUUUAAUUUCCGAGUGACCAAGUUCCUGGCCAAGCAUGGUGUCUACGAGCUUCUGAACUGGUUCGACGAUCGCGCGUGGUACCCUCUGGGUCGUACUGUCGGAACUACCGUGUAUCCUGGCCUUAUGGCCGGCGCUGCUGGGAUGCAAUGGCUUCUGACAACCAUACUGCGCGUACCGAUCUCCAUUCGCGAUGCCUGCGUCUUCCUCGCACCAACAUUCGCGGCUCUUGCCUGUGUGGCGCAGUUCUUGCUGACUCAGGAGAUUACAGAAGAUAACAGGACGGCACUACUAUCGGCCAUGCUAUUGGGCGUGUCGCCUGCGUACAUCUCACGAUCGACUGCCGGUUCUUUUGACAAUGAAGGAAUUGCAAUCUUCCUAUUGAUCUUUACCUUUUACUUAUGGGUGAAGGCUAUCAAGACGGGGGCAAUGAUAUGGGCGGCAUUUGCUGCAAUUUUGUACUUUACCAUGGCACUCUCGUGGGGAGGAUAUGUGUUUAUUAUCAACAUUAUCCCGAUCCACGUGUUGGUAUUGCUGCUCUCGGGUCAUUACUCAGCCAAAUUAUAUGUUGCGUACUCGACGUUUUAUCCGCUAGCGACACUGGGAACAAUGUCAGUGCCGUUUAUUGGAUUCAACGCAGUACUAAAGGGCGAAUCGGCUGGAUCGCAUGGAGUUUUUGGACUUUUACAAGUGUAUGCUUUCAUGCAAUAUUUAUCUACUCAGAUACCAAAACGCCACUUUUCGCGGCUUCUUCAAACUUGUUUGAGUACCGGUACAGCUAUCGCCGGUAGCGGUUUGCUGUUUGCAUUUUUGCAAGGGAAGCUGCAAUGGAGUGGGCGAAGUUUGACACUGCUGGACCCAACGUACGCGUCCAAGUACAUUCCAAUCAUUGCGUCAGUGGGAGAACACCAACCGACUGUGUGGUCAGCGUUUUACUUCUCACUUGGACCAGCAAUGCUGUUCAUUCCGUUGGGAAUGUUUUAUUCAUUCCAGAAACUGGACGCUGCUUUUGUGUUUAUGAUCGUGUACAGCACAUUUGCGUUCUACUUUUCAGGUAUCAUGGUUCGAUUGUUGCUUACCCUAGCUCCAGCAGCGUGCUAUCUUUCGGCGGUUGGCGCAUCGGGAUUCAUGCAGAAAGUUAUGGAAAUGACGAGCAGAGAUACAGCCGGUUGUCCAGUAGAAGGAGGGAAGACCAAUGAGACAACGAACAACAUUGCGGCACAAGACGAUGAGAAAGAAGAUCCAAGAAAAUCGCAUAUUGGGGACAUCUUUUUGGCCCUUUGUGCUAAGUUGCGGUUUCAACCUGACCAAAAGAUUGUUGGCGAAAAACAGAAGCCUUCAAGGACGCUCCAGCUGCUUGUUUUGGCUUGCGGAUUGUUACAGUUUCUCCUCAUUAUUCACGCCCGUCAUUCGUCCAAAAUCGCCAAGAAAGUAUACUCGUCAACGUCACUUGUGUUUGAAAAAAUGAACAUGACGACGAUGAAAAAGGAUUUGCACGACGACUUUCGUGAAGCAUUUACCUGGUUGCGACAGAAUACUCCCGAAAACGCUAAAAUCCUGAGCUGGUGGGACUACGGAUACCAGAUCACCACGCUGGCAAAUCGUACAGUGCUAGUGGACAACAAUACGUGGAACAAUACGCACAUCGCUACUGUCGGACGCGUACUAACCUCACAGGAAGAUGACGCGUUACCGAUUUUACGCAGCCUUGAUGUCGAUUACGUGUUCUUAUUGUUUGGGGGAAAAGUCGGCAUGCCGGGUGAUGACCUGGAUAAGUUGCCGUGGAUAGUCAAGAUUUCAGAAGGAGUGUUUCCGGACGAUGUGGUUGAGUCUGAGUUUCAGGUGAAUGGACGAUACAUUUUCCAUGAGAAUGCCACGCUUGCCAUGACGCAAAGCGUUCUCUAUAAGCUCAGUUAUUUCGAGUUCAACCAAGUACAGAGCUUACCAGUGAAAGAGAAUGACGAUCCCGUUUUUGGAUGGGAUAUGAACCGUCGAAUUCGAAUUUCAGGGCACAACAUUGACCUUCACAAUUUUGAGCACGUGUUUACCUCGGAUGCGUGGAUGGUUCGGAUUUAUCGGGUCAAGCCGAUUAGGUAG